AUGCGGGCUCCGAAGAUACCCGCUACCUUGCUACUGUUGCUCUUCGCAAUAGAAGCUCUAGAUGCCAACAGGAGAAAACAGAAAGAGAAAAUAAUACCAGCAACCAUCAAUAUAUGCGACAUUAGUGACAGAGACUCCAAAGUCCACUGCUACUGUGAGUUCAGCCAAGAGAUCAACGAAGCAGUGAAGACAGAAUGCUGGGUGUUCAACGGAGGAAUAGAACGGACAGACCCACUAUGGACAAGCUUCACUUCACAGUCCAACAUAGAAACCUUAGCUUUCAACGUCAGAGCAGAUGGCGGUCUAGACUUUGUACCCUCCAAAGUUCUAAGAUACUUGAGAAAAGUCAAACAGUUCAGCAUAAAAUACAGCUCAAUCCACAAAAUAGAAAGCUACACAUUUGUAAACGUGACGUCAGUACAAGAAAUGACGCUCACUAAAAAUCAGAUAGUUUAUCUUGGCAAACAUUCAUUCUACAACUUGCCAAAUUUAACUGUACUCACUUUAGAUGAGAACAGAAUAAUUGAUCUAGAGAGCGAGGUGUUUUACCAACUACCAGCACUCCAGAAAUUGUAUCUUACUAGUAAUAAUAUUACCGUCAUUCACGAUGGAGCGUUCAAACAUCUUGUCAACCUAAUUGACUUAGAACUCGAUAGAAAUAAUAUAAGCGAUCUGAAGAAGGAGUGCUUUUACGGUCUCGCAAAUCUAAAGCGUUUAGAUUUAAGAAGAAACAAAUUAUCCAAACUUAAUUCGUUUACAUUUACUGAACUGUGGAAUCUCCAGACAUUGUUAUUAGACUAUAAUGAAAUUUAUGUUCUGGCUCAAAGGACGUUUGAUGGAUUAUCGCAAUUAAGGAAGUUGAGUUUAAGUCAUAACAAACUUGUAACUCUGGCCAGCAGUCUAUUCGAAGGGGUUAGGGGACUGGCUGCUCUAGACCUAAGACAUAAUAAAUUAAAGAGGUUCACGUUUGAAAACCUCCACCCCAUCUAUGACAACAUGAAGAACCAAAACAGCUACAUCUACUUAGAAGGGAACGAAUUCCCAUGCGACUGUCAUCUCGCAUGGAUGCAUAAGCUUCGUCACGAGGCCAAAAGCGUCAAAGUGCGAACGUCUCUCGAAAAUUUCAUUUGCAAAUUCAACGCGGAGCCUUCGUUAAAUUCACACUUUACUUAUUUCGAAAGGAGCGUUAUCGGAUCAAACAAUUUGUACGAUAGCGAUGACAAAAGUCAAAUAAGAGAUUAUUCGGAUAAUCCGGAUGAUUUUUUCCAAGACGAAACAGACGACGCUUACGUUGAUGAACCGAAAACGGUUAAGGGCGAAAACGAGAGGACAUUACUGCAGAUCCCGGUGGAGUCGCUGCCUUGCCCUCAGGACGUCAAGAGUGUGACGGACAGGACGUACACCUACCCGUCGCAGAACGAGGCGAAGGAUUAUAGAAACUUAAUCCAAUCUUCAAAGACGAUGUCGAUCGAGGCGAGCAUUAAAUCUCUUCUGUCAGCGUUUAUCAUUUUAAUAUGGACCACGCUACUGUAAAUAGUGAACGCAAAAGCACUUAUUUACUUUAUACCCAUUAACAGUAAUAUGAAAGUCAUGUUUUUGCUUUGUAUUCGAUUAUAAUAUGAGCAUGUAUGUUAAUGCAUGUACGUUGGAAUGUAAAUAAAUAUCCUCAACGAUAAUAAGCAUAAUUAUGUGAAAUAUCUUUUGCUUUUUCUUUUUAAAAGACCUUAUGAAAUUGUAAAUAGUAAUUUAAUUCAAUGUAAAAAAUGUGAUAUAAAGUAUAAGUAUAAUUAUGAUAGACAUUGUCUUGGAAUAAUAAAUUUUAUCGUAGGAUACUUUUCUAAAAGAAAACUUGAAUUUUUCUCGUCAUGGAAUUUCAUUUAUAUUGUU